UCAUUACUCAUAGUAGUAUUUCUUUUGAAAAGGAAAAAAAGAAAUAACUACGCUCUUUCUAAUUGUCAAAUAAAAACUACGCUCUUUCUAGUUACUAGAAUUAUUCCGCCACUUCGCCGCCUAAUAGAACCGUCGUGUACACACCAGUACCGGCCGAUACCGUUUAUUGAAUAGUCAGUUCAUUGACUUGAUUUAGCAGCAAUGGCGGAACCUCAGAAAAAUUCUUCACCGUCACCGUCACCGUCCAAAAAGAAGCGAAGCCUCCCUGGAAUGCCAGAUCCAGAUGCUGAGGUGAUUGCUUUAUCCCCACAAACUUUAUUAGCGACGAACCGUUUCAUAUGCGAGAUCUGCAACAAAGGAUUCCAACGGGAACAGAAUCUGCAACUUCACCGGCGGGGACACAACUUGCCGUGGAAGCUUCGGCAGCGAGCGAGCGAGGAAAUACGCAAGAAAGUGUACGUGUGUCCCGAAACUUCAUGUGUUCACCACAAUCCUUCAAGAGCGUUAGGCGACCUCACCGGCGUGAAAAAGCACUUUUGUAGAAAGCACGGCGAGAAGAAAUGGAAAUGUGAACGAUGUUCGAAAAAUUACGCCGUGAAGUCUGAUUGGAAAGCACACAUGAAGAGCUGUGGAACUAGAGAGUAUAAAUGUGACUGCGGCACCUUGUUCUCUAGGAGGGAUAGUUUCAUGACGCACAGAGCGUUUUGCGAUGUAUUGGGGAAUGAAAGUGGAAAGGGAGGUAGCAAUUUUGUCGCUGUGACUUCGUCUUCUUCGUCACAACCAACGCCUCCACUUACUCCAUCAAAAUCUUCUGUGCUGUCUACUACUGCUAAUUUGUCUAUUCAGAGCUCAGAUACUGCAGAAAACCAAACAAGGUUGUCGCCGCCAUCUUCAAAUGCUUCCAAUUCUACUAGUUGUUGUUCCACAUUCAGCAAUCUCAUGUCAAGUUUGGCUCACUCUGAUUGCCCCACAACUUUCUCUAUCACGGAACCAACAACCCUCUCACUUUCCACACCACUCUAUCUCUCCAACAACAACAACAAAGAUUACCUUCUUCCCCACUAUCCUCCACAACCUGCAUUAUCUGCCACUGCAUUACUCCAAAAAGCAGCUGAAAUGGGUUCAUCCAAUUCUUCCUUGCUUCUGGCUUUAGGCUUGAAAGACAAUAGUACUGUCAGUAUUAGUAGCACUACAACAGUCCAAUGGAAUGGCCAUGUUAAACAAGAGAACGAGCUGGUGGCAAAUAACUUUGGGCUUGGACUUCCCUAUUCGAAUGGGAUGAUGGGCUCAACAGGCCAGCCCAUGACCCGUGAUCUUCUUGGUCUAAGCAUUGGAUUAGGUAGAGGGGAUGAUCUUUCUUCAUUGCUCACAUCUUUUGGAGGGAACAUUGGUUCAACUGAAGAGGGCUAAAAGUUGUGUUCUAUAUUUUUUUUAAGAUUUUAUUUUUGUGACAGGUAAAUCAGCCAAGCCAACUCUAUUGUAUUCUAUAUUUUUGGCAGCAAUGAGUUGGCGAGUCAUAUAUAUAUAUAUAUAUAUGCGCCUUAUUGAUGUAUUAUCUGUAAAUGUUAUAAGUGCACUCUCAAAUCUCAACCAUUAAAUUAUUGAUAUGGCUCCUUUUUCUUAUAUUUU